GCGUAUGUUAGAGUGAAGACCGAAGGCCCUAGUAACUGUCGACCGUUAGGAAUAGGUCGACUAUUUUGACAUAUUUUGUUCAGACUCCCUAUCCAAAAAAAAAAAAAAAAAAAAACGGAAGGACAAGGAGUUGCUCAGGGUAUGGCAACCAGUUGGGUAGCCGUUUUUGCUUAGUACAAAUGUAACCCUGAAUGAUGAAAUAAAGGGCUUGGUGUUUUGCGUCUAAUGUCUAUGUGGAUGGCUUAACUUUAACUGUGCGCGAUAAUCAUAUCAUUGCACGCAUGCAUUCACACCUAUUCUUUUAUUUCGAUGUUCCUAACACGUCAUCUCAUUGAUAGGUUUUGCCACGAAAUAACAUCCUUGCUACAGGACUUUAUAUGUACAACAUGGCGGGAAUAUCACCCAUUAUCGAAGAAGAAGAGAUGGUAAUGUUCGAGUCAAUGAAGCGAUAUAGGGACGGAGGUGAUCGUCUACCGAGGGGCACAGUGAUUGAUUUGCUACCCAUGGGGCCAGUCAGGAUUCUUGAUAACAGAAUCCAAUCACUCAAGCAGAUGUGGGGAACUUUCACAGAACAUGAGCAGAAGGUGUUCACUCGCACUUAUGGAAGAAUACCUGAUCUGUUAUAUGUCCCAUUCCCGGCGAACAUGAUCCAAGAAAUGCUCAACUAUUGGGAUCCGUUCUAUCAUUGCUUUUCCAUAAAUGACAAUGAUUUCUCCCCCCUUAUGGAAGAGUACAAAUCUAUCCUCCAAAUAGAUCCCAAGAAGCCGUAUAAGAUCUACGUCCAUAAGCCCUAUCUCAAAGCGAAGAAUGUAUUAUCCCAGAUUCUAGAUACAAAAAGUACAAAGAUAGAACAUUUAAUAGGAUCUGAUGGUGAGAUCGAGUACAUUCACGUCGACACACUCAUAUCUCAGAUAAAUAUCGGACCGAAAAAUGAGAAAGAUUUGAAGAUAUUCGCACUGAUACUAUAUGGAUUAAUCCUAUACCCUCGAAUGCCAGACCACAUUGACAACUCUGCCAUGAAAGUGUUUGAGCAAGAUACACAUGAUGUCAACCCAAUAUUCUCUAUUCUGUCUGAAACAUUUGCUGCUUUGGGAAGAUGUAGAGAAAAUCGUGGGGGCAUCCUACUUGGUUGCGCCCCAUUACUAGUGGUCUGGAUUUUUGGACAUCUUAAACCCUCUCCGAGGAAAGGGAUCCCGAUAAUUAGAUACUCAUUCGUCUUCGACGAAAGGAGAUGCUCAGUUAGAGAGUUUGCCUCUGGGGACUUAAUAUAUAUGUCAGCAUCUGAAGAGCAUUGGAAAAAUUAUUUCGCCACACUCGGGAGUGAAGAUAUCCAAUGGAAAGCCCCGUGGAUGUACGAGGGAAGUGUAUUGUAUAGCUGCGGGUCCGACCCAUGGGUACCUCUGCUAGGUCCCGAGGGAUGCGUGGCAUACGCACCUAAUAUGUUCAGGAGGCAAGUGGGUUGCAUGCAGUUUGUGCCAGCAACCGAAGGGAUGGGUUGGUUUAGUUACCGGUAUUUCAAUCCCGAUUCAAAGGCUAAAAGUGAGCGGGUACUACCAUGUUGGAAAAAUCCGAGACUAAUCAAUCGAAGUUUGAGCAUUGCAAUGAUGAAAGAUGAUCAAGACCUCCACAAUUCCCUGGCUCCUGAAUACGCACCAUGGUAUCAGGGGCGAGGAAAAGCAGUCACUGUAGACAGGAAAGGCAAGAGGAAAAUGGAUUUUGAACCCAGAUUGCCACCGGCGAUACAUCAUCAAGCAGGAUCUUUGGCUAAAGAUAUGGCUCUAAACCGACUACAACGAGAAAAUGAUGAGAUGCGGGCAUACGCAAGAGGGAAUUUCACCCAGAUAAAGAGACUUGAAGAAGCAAAUUAUAUCCUGAACCAAAGGGUUAUUCAGUUGGAAGGUCUUAGCCAUGAGCAGAAGUCUACAAUCAACGAACACCAAAGCGCAAAUUGGGCAAUGCAAGAAAGAUUAGAGCAUCUGGAAGAAUGGGGACUACGAACGGAGCAUCUUAUCAGUAAGCAAAAGAAGGAAGCUAUCAAAUAUCAUGAAGAAAUUAGCCGAUUAACUACUGAAAAAGAGGCUAUCGAGAAGGAAAAUGCGGACUGGAAAAUUACAGCACAAACACUGGAAAACAACAGGCUGAAUGAAGAACGGAAAGUUAACCGCCUCAUGGAAGUUGUUAGAGGAGCUACUAGAAGGGCAUAUGAGUUGUCCAAUGAAGCUGAGGCGGCUAGACUACGUCUGGUACAAAUGGAGAAUCCGGAUCCCGACCUUCGAACCUAUCUCGAAAACCUGCAACAAGAGCUGAUGUAUUAUGGAAAUUUUCACUAAUCAUAUUAUAAUACUUUAUAAUAUGGUAAUGUAAGGUAGCAGGGGAAUAAACAAUGUACUUUGGGUUGUUUUUGUAAUCAUGGUCUCUUGUGAAAUAUGUACGAGGCCAUGUAGUAAGCAUAUAGCGCCUUGAAGCGCACAUAAAUUGUAAUGGUAGCCCCAGCUACUGUAAAUAUAAAGUUUGGAAGCAGAGGUGUUAUCUCAUUGGCAAAUCCUAGAAUUGCAUUCAAGCACUAACAAAAACAUCACAUCAUG